CGGUCUGAAAUCAUUAAAAGUUUGGGAGCCCCACCUGGAUUGCCACUUGGACUUCGUUCAAAAACCCGAGUUUUCCCGAACGUUCUCACUCUGCAUUUCAGUCUCUCCUCAUCAUCUCGAAGCACUGCAGUUCUGAUCCGUUCUGUAAGAACAAGGAUAACCAUUGCAGGUACCGUCGCUACUUCAACUCCAAAGAAACAAAAGAACAAUGAUUCGGGAGAAGGGAGGCGAGUUUUGAAUGAAAAGACAGAUCCUAUUGCUGCCUUCAGCAGACCACCUUCACUCCCACCUGUUCUUGGACCGCUGGUGGCUCUCUCAUUGUUCGAAAUGUGGUCAAGCCAUGAUGGUGAUGAUGACUGAUUGACAAUGCAAAGCCAUAUCUACCGUUUAUGUACGUAAGGAUCUUUGUAGUGUUUCCUGCCUGAUGUAUUUCUUUGAAAUGUUGAUUAGCAUGCUUAUAGCAAUGAUAAACAGUCGAGCCAUGAAAUCCCAAAUUCUGAUUCUGAUGUAGCCUGCUGGAAGUGGAUGGAUAAUAGUUGUCAAGAGUCUAGGGUAAAUCUUCAUUAAAAACUGUACUAUGGCAUGAUGACUCUUUAGGAAUCCUGCAGAAAAGAAAGAAUGACGUAGUAUUGUCAUACUAUGAGUUUUGUAGUGGAUGCUGUUUGGUUAAGUUUUAAUGAAUGUUAGCUUACAUUCUGCAAA